CUGCAUCCGUGUCCCCUGACGGCUCUCUUUGGUUCCCGGUCAUUGCGGCGCGCGUCUUUGACUGGAGUAAGGAAAAGAAGUUACGAGGCUUGAGGCUUCCUUUCGAGCGGGUCUUGCUGCGCUGUCCUGUCGCGUGCCACGCGCAGCGGGUCUUGUAGCCGUCGUCUGACGAGUGCGACUCUUCGAGUGCGGGUGCCCUGCAGCUUGACGGAAGAGUGCUCCACUGCGCGCUACGUUUCGACAGCUGAUCUAGCGAGACUUUCGGAGGCGUUUCGCGGAGCUGUCCGCCACUUGUGUUCUCCUGCUUUUCCACCCAACAGUGUCUCCCACUCCUCCGACGUGCGGGGGACCUUCGACUCAACCUCCUAGUGUCCCUCCCAAUCACGGUUACUGCGCACCUUAGAGAACAUCUGCCUGUUGCUUGCAGCUUUGUGGUUUGUGCACUUAGUGACUUAUCUGCAUGACUUCGUCGUGGGACUCGGACUUUCGUCAAAAAGAUUAUUUUGGUGCGUCUAUCCUGCAUUGCUCCAGUGUCGUGCGGGGAAGCUGAGCUAUUCUCGGAUUCUACUGAAUGCGUCGCUACCCUUGAACUGGAAUGUUCUCGCUCUGUCUACCGUCAGAUGCCCUGAAUUCUUCGGACGCAGAUCUGCGUGCGGGGCUUUAGUUUAGGCCGCAGUUUCUCCGUCUUGUCGGCCAGCCACAGUUUGCUGCUAAUCGCACAACCAUGUCGGUUCUUGCUGCGCUCUGUAUCCCCUGGGACAGUACAGAUGUGGUGCAGAUUCUGUUCUUCACGGCUUCGCUGGCUGAAAGUUGAUUCUUGUGGAGAGUCUAAAUAGCGGAAAUGCUGGAUUGUGCAAUUGAUGCUCGACCGGUGUAAUGGCAGCAGCGCGUUGCUGAGCGACCUUGAGCUGCUGCGCACGACACACACCUGGCACCUGCAUCUCGCCAGUGAUCGUCGCAGGGCAAACUCUCGCUGUCAGCGCUCGGCGGACGGCGGGGAGGACAAACUGUGGGGUCUUCACGAGGUGUAGACACGUCUCUGUGUGCUGUGCGCUUGCGUUUGUGUGGUGGUGAUCUGCGUGUUUUUUUUUUCUUUUUUUUUUUCAUCACAGUGCGUCGUGCUUUUGAGUGGUUUCUGGCGCCCGGAGUUUAGCGCCGUGUACAUGACAGAGUGCGUGUGAGCACGCCGCCUCUUUUCUGUGCUUCAUCCUGGUUUGGAUAUUCCGAAGGUGACCCUCGUUGUCGGAAGCAUCGACCGUCUUUUCUCAGUGCGGAUACUCGUGCCGUUUAUCGACGUACGCCACUGCUACUAUGUCGUCAUUGAGAAGCCGCAGGGAUCAUGGAUACCGAAUGCCCAUUUACCGGCGAAGGGGAUCUGCCGACUCCAACUACAGCCAGCCGUCGUCCGACCUCUCGCUCGACGAAACUCGCGAAAAGCAGCGUGCUGACAGAGAGAACAAGGCAUUGGCACAGCUGCGGGCGGCAAGGGAGAAAGUGGUAGCAUUUACGGUGCGAACUAAUAUGGCAUAUGAUGGAAGUUUGGACGAUGAUUCACCCGUCCAUGGCUACGCUAUCUCAUUUGGAGUCAGGGACUAUCUUCAGAUCCUGGAGAAAUUCAACAAUGACUGGUGGGUUGGUCGUCUUAUGAAAGAGGGCUGUGACAUGGGCUUCAUUCCUAGUCCAGCCAAACUGGAAAACUUAAUUCUACAGCAAACACAAACACGUAGCAGUAAAUUACAUUCAAGGGGUUCAACGCCGCCUACUCCUGACCAGAAUGGUUUGGAAAGCAAUGUUGAAGAAAGCGACAGUCCCGGCAACACGAAGCUUGGUCGGGGUGUCAUCACCACCCUCCCUGCCAAAGAAAAACGGAAACCAUUCUUUAAAAAGACGGAAAGCCUGAGCCCGUAUGACGUAGUGCCUUCAGUGAGACCAGUGGUUCUGGUUGGGCCCUCUCUCAAGGGUUACGAGGUGACAGACAUGAUGCAGAAGGCGUUGUUCGAUUUUCUUAAGCACCGCUUUGAAGGCAGAAUCAUAAUAACUCGGGUGACUGCAGACAUAUCACUGGCAAAGCGCUCUGCCGUCAACAAUGCCGGCAAACGUGCCCUUAUGGAACGCUCAAACAGCCGAACAAGCUGCCUAGCGGAGGUGCAACAAGAAAUCGAACGAAUAUUCGAGCUGGCACGGACGCUGCAACUGGUUGUCCUUGAUUGUGAUACCAUAAACCACCCCUCUCAGUUGGCCAAAACGUCACUAGCACCCAUCAUCGUGUAUGUCAAAAUAUCUUCACCAAAGGUCCUUCAACGCCUCAUCAAGUCUAGAGGCAAAUCACAGAGCCGGAAUCUCAACGUACAGAUGGUGGCUGCAGAAAAAUUGGCACAGUGUCCACCUGAAAUGUUUGAUGUGAUUCUGGACGAGAAUCAGCUGGAGGAGGCGUGUGAACACCUGGCCGAGUUCCUGGAAACUUACUGGCGGGCUGCACAUGACAACCUGCCUGAGAACUAUGCCCAGCUCAUCCUUAACACCCCCUGCGCGGGCAUGCUGCCAGAUCUCAACCAGGAGUCCCUCGCUAGCCACCGCACCACCCACCCCAAGACCAUCGAGGCCGAAAAGGCAUCCAAAGAGCAGGGCCGAGAGACGGACGAAGAGCUGGAGUCCCUGUCUCACCACCGUGGCCACCACUACCAACAGCAGCAGCAGCAGCUGCAGCAGCAGCCAGCAUCACACCAUGAGGCUGUGCCCCACAGCAGUUCCUCGCAAGGGGUGGCAUCCAGCCGGCACUCAGCAGGCACAGCGGCCGCACACAGUACUACAGCACAGCUACACUCACGACCACGGUCACAUCACCAUACGUCAUAUUCCGAGAGGAGACUACCCAGACAACCAGGCGAGGUUUCUUCUCCGGAAGGGGACCUGUUUUCGGCAAGCUGUCGUGGGGAUGACAUGUACCCGAUGCAUGAUGACGACGAUGAUCCCGAGUACUACGGCGACACGCGUGUGCACCCACCACCACCAGUCAUGGCCACCUCAUACCGUGGGGCCGGGAGUAGCAAUUUCGACGACUGGGAUGAUGCUCCCGACCCGUACCUCGAGGACCUAUCGCCGCCGCCGCCACACCUUCGGCACCACCCACACUCUGUGGCAGCACAGCGACGGCACCACCAUCAUGGCCGCCGUCCUUCCGAGUACGACCGUGACGAGUGCGACGACGACCGCAACUAUCGGGGUGGGGGCAGCGGGAGUGGUGAGACGGGUCUCCACAGAGGACAGAAGUACCCCGUCAAUGUGCUCUAGCAGAGACUUUGCCCUCCUUGAGUCUUGGCUUUUUGACGGUGUCACAUUGUCACUGAAGUGACGACGAUGCCUGGGCUCCACGACGUGCCAUGGCUUGGCAGCCACCGGCAGGGCUAGCGCAAUGUCAAUGCUUUCUUGCUCGCUGUGUAUCCUCUCUAAAGCACAGUUGCCACUUUGUGCAGCCGACUGUCGCAUUCUAUGACAAAGCCAGCCCCGAAACAGCACGGGCAGGUCACAGACUUGGCUGCCAUUGCCACGACGGCUCUUCCUCGGGCAGCAGCGUUAUGCACCUGUGCAGCCCAUGCGAGGCACCCCUCAACAUCCUGCCUUUUUCAACAGCAAGCGGUUGACGUCUUUCGUGAGCAAAAAAAGAAACCGCGUGGUUGUGCCACAGGACCUGAGCAUGGUCCUCUUCCCCCACCCCUCCCCUGCCUCCCCAAUGUGCAACACUCCUGCAUUUGUAAUCAAGAGAUGAUAGGAGAGAACAGAUCUCUUCACUGCAACUCUUUCAGCAAGCUCGCCUUACGCGUCCACAACCACCAUUCUGCUGCUCAAUGCAAAAUGCUUUUUUCAAGCGUCUUGCUGCGACACUGUACUGUCCACUGCAAGGAUUGUCAUGUACACUUUCAGGAUACUGGGACAUUCCUUGCACGUGCUUUUGAAGCCCUUCUGCGAUUUUUCACUGGCCAUGGAUGGCGCUUCUUUCUCACCCAAGAGUGGACAUUUCUCACCACCGAGAAACCGUGAAGAAUGUAGGCCUUCAGCUUAGCUUUACUGCUUGCACCUUUCUAGCUCCUUAGUUUCUGGCAGCCUUUGCUGUAAAGCAGCAAAUAUUUAGGUCAAAGGCCAUCACGUCUUACUCUGUGACAGGUAGAAAUUUUUCUAUUCUUGUUUAGAUAUGUGCGACUACAGUUCUUGGGGGCUUAGAAUUACCUGUGGACACUUGAACUAAGUGACUUGAGACAUUACAUAUGCCAGGGAAUUCCCAGACAUUCAGGGAGUUUUGUUUCUGUUGCAAUUUUUGUACAUUAGGUAUGUUCCUUUUGUCAAGCGACAUUCUUUCCUAGCGACAGCUACCACUUUUCUUAGCUUAGAUUUCUUGUGGAAGGUUUUAGAAAAAGUUGCUAGGUGUUUUAACAUUGUUUUUAAUUUUGAAUUGCAUUUUGUCUCCACUUCAGUUUGUUAUGACCGUUUUUAUUUGAGUCACUUGAUGUCACCAGUGCCUGUUAGGCAAAUUUUGUGACCUUCAUGCUAUACAUAACCUGCUGUUUUAAAUCCAUCAUUUCGCCAAACACACAUUUUACUGACUUUAAUAUUGUUUAAUAUGACUUUAAUAUUGUUUAGGUUAGGUUCGUGUCUCGAGACUACUGUUUUUUGUAGAUUUGACAAGGCAACAGAGCCUUUAGUUUGAUUUUAAGGUUGGUGAUCUGUUAAAAUUUAGGUAAUGCUGCUAAGUCGAAGAAUGUACUACAUAUGCUUAUUUGAGACCUUUACUCAUGGUGUCAUAAUUUUUCAGGCGCUGCUGUUAUUUUCUUGAGCCCUAUUCUAUACCUUUUGUUUAUCAGCCAUUUACACUGCAAAGCCUGAUAAUUACAAUUAUAUACAUAUAUUUUGUUUUAAAUUAGGAGUGGCUAAUUGUGUUGCUGCAUUGGGCUCAGACUCGAGCCUCUUUUAUCAGUCUUUCAGUUAAGGUCAUAAUAAAUUUUUUUAAAGUUUGACACUUGGAACGUUUUUCAUCACUGUUAUAUGCCUGUAACUUAUAAAACUAUCAGCAUUAUGUCUAGUCGCCUCUCUGGACGAGAGCACUUCUCAGCAACAGUCUUUUAAUGCACAGGAAACAGUGUUGGUUUGUGUUUUUCACUAGAAUUAAAUUCUGUAACCAUAAGAAUUCUUCUUUUUUUUUUAGAAGUUGUGCACGGAUAAACUUUAUGAAAUUAGCUUCAUAACUAGAGUCUUUUCACAUUGCUCUUAGGUCGGUAGGCCGUCUCAGAUAGUGCACGUCUGUGGGAAGGGAGGUGGUUUUGACAAGUCAGGAAAAGAACUUCGAUGGUGUGUUGAGCGCAGGAACAGACUUUAGAGGUAGCACUUCACACUUUCUAAGCUCCAUGCAUACCCUAGCUAUUUGCUUUUAUUCAAGAUAUUCUUGGGGAUGACCGACUUUGCAGAGAGCAGGCCAAGAUUUUUAUGGAAUUAUUUGUUGUUUUUUUGCCAUUGGCCUCCAGGCAAUAGAAUUUUUUUUUUAUAUAUCGGCUAGUUUGGCAUUACUGUUAAAGGUACCUUAGUGCAAGGUUCAAGACAAACACAGGGCACAGAAAGACAAGCACAAGCACUUCCCAUGACCGUUCCUUUAGUGGCAACAUUUCAUUGGUCAGCCGAGUUUGUUUUGCGGUAGAUGCUUAGGUGUGGUCUACGCACACGGUUUUUAUUGUUUUUCUACAUGUAGUAUUGUACAAUCAUGUUUGAACAGCUGUUUUUCAUGGCUCUUAUCAGCCUUUCACUUGUUUCAUUUGAUGAAAAUUUGCGUGUGGUGCACAUCUUCAAUGUGUUUGUCGUUAUAGUUGACCUUUAUUGAUUCAAUUCUUGCUGGACAUGCAAAAUUGAUUCAAAUUACCACAAGUUUAUAUGAUAUGUCUAUAUCAGGCAUAAGUGCUUAUUCUUUAAAUCUUGAGCACUGCUGAACGAAAAGUAAAAUUAGCCAGGGUCAGAUAAAUGAAGGUUGACUUCAUGCUUGCACUAGUUUAUCUUUAAAUAUAUACUUUACUUUUUUUUAAGUAUUAGUAGGCUUUUGUGAUCUUUUUUUGUUCAUUUUUACAGCAAAUUUUUAGCUUUUUCUGCAAUGUAAUGCUGGACAAUGCCAUGAUACCAAUUCACUUACUUUUAAGCUCGACCAUGCUGUUAAGAGGCUUUAAGGUGCUCUGCUUAAAUGGCUCUAAUUCUGUUCUUUGUGGUACCAUGAUACCAGAUGCUGCAGAGUAGACUAUGAAAGAAUGUUGUUCAAUUUCUUUUCUGUGGAAGCACUUAGUCCAGUAUUGAUGCAGUCCUGAUUGCAUGCAGGUUACAAACUUUACUGCUACCAAUGAUAGUGUUUGCACGCAGGUACACCUACAGACGUGCCACCUGUAUGCCUGAGAUGCACAUAGACAGAAGUGUGUCAAUGAAAUUGCUGCACCGUAUAUAUAAAUAUGUAUAUUACCAACUGUAGCUGGAGGGACAUGAACAGGAUUGCCCUGUGGCAACUCUUUGUCUGUUGAAGCUGCCUUACAACUGCGACUCUGUGACGGAGACUGACUGCUCAUGUUAGGUGGGCGCAAGGACGGCCAAAGCAAGAACAGUGUGAUGUCUUUUUGAUAAAGCUCUGCUAUCCUUGCCUCUACAUUCUAAUAUCAAAACCUGUUAUAACUGGUUGCAGGACACUCACAGUUACUGCACUUGUGCUCGACAAGGUUUUUAGCUCCGCCCACUAAGCCUUCAUUUCUGGAUUUCAAGUGAAAGCAAACACUUGGGAGACUUUAGAGAAUAUUAGCGGCAACAUCUCAAGGAGCCAGCCAGAGACGUCGACUUGCCAAGGGGAAGCUCCUGUGAAGCACAUAGGGUGCCAGUUUACAUAAAUAAUGUUUCAUAAAAAGUUUGUUAGCAUCCUUUGUGGUGUCCUGGCUUCAUUUAAGAAAAACAGCAUGCACUCGAGACCAAGGUACAACUCUUGGAUAUUAACUGCAUUUUACAGUAUGGAAAUGCAGGUGUCGUAUAUCCUUUGGUGGUAUGUCUGCGUGUGAUGAGUCCACUUGCAAAUUAUUUUUUCUUUUGCGCAUAAAUUUAUCUAAUCAUGAAAAAACAUUUCACUCUUAGUUAUGAAAUUUGUGGGGCACAAGAGGGUGACACCAGCUGUUGAAGAUGAUGCAGUUCCCCAACUCGCUUAAUGCUGGAUUACUUAUAUCAAUUUCAAUACAGCUGUGGCUACAUUUAAUCUUGCUGCACGAAACUGAGCUCUAAUCGCAUAGCAAGCUUGCUUUGAUGUUUUAUGACGCAUCUUGCUUCAAAGUCAUAAGCUUCAUCACAUGAGCUGUUUCUUAGAAUAAAAACGGCUACUACAUCAGCUGCACAUUCUGCUUCUUUUAUGGUAAACAUUUGUAUCUUUGAUUAGGUAUCGAUCUUUAUCGUGUGCUGAUGUGAAUGAGUCAAUUUUUUUUCUUGACCUUUAAGAAUCCCUAACAAGGUUUAUGUUCAAAACAGCCCCCCCCCCCCCCCCUUGCUUAAUUAUCUUGCAAUCAUUCCACAUCUAUACCCUGUAAGCUAGACUUGCAACAUUACAAUCACUUCUUGAAAGUGUAGAAAUUCACGCAGCUCAUUCUGAUUCCCUACAGCAGAGCUUAGACUGUUUUACUGAUUUUUCAGACAUGUUUUUUAAUGACAUAAAAGGACACAAUCAUGAAUAUUUUGUUAGGAUGACCCAUUACGUUUUUGUCUAUGCAAAAUGUAGUGUUUUAAUCAAAGCAACGAGGACUGUGUGAAGUAAAAUUCCUUUGUCUGGAGAAAUAUGCUUAAUCUUUUAUUUUUUAUUUUUUGGGAGUGCGACAAGAUAAAAUAUUGCACACAGAAAAGUUGUUGGUGACUGAGCAAUGGAAAGGACAUGUAUUGUGGGUACAGCAGCAGGUGCAGUUGUUAAAUUGGUUAAAAGAAAUUUGGUGCCAUAAUUGCCAAGUUAGCUUUAAUUGCAGCUUGCCUAACUUUUUUUUUUUUAUGUCUGCUUGCACAAAUACAAAUCUUUGCAUAGAUCAGCUUCAAGCCCCUAUAUGAAACACUUUUUGUUCCAUAUCUGCCAAGAGCAAAAUUCUAUAGAUGCGAGUGCUAUCUGUCUCAUUUUUUUUUUUUUUUUUUUGGGGGGGGGGGGGGGGGCAAUAGCUAGGUUGUUCAAGAGAGAGCUAGUUUGGUUUGUGAUAAAACCAGGUGCACUCACAAUUUUAUUUACAUGGAUGAGUUGGAUGUACAGUUGUACAAGUACAUGCCAGGUGACUGGCAAGAAUGCCCACUGUUUACAUUUUCAUUGCACACACGGCUUGCCGCAAUUGUAAACACAGUGUGCAUAAUCUUUCAGCACUUUAUCGGCUGUCCUUGUUACUGUUAUGCGGGCAGAUAUUGUUUGGUGACUUGCAGAGCAAAUCAUUAUAGUAGAACCUUGUGAUAGUGACCCUGUGGACAGUAAAACUCUGCUUGAAAACGGGCACAAACCCUGUGUGCAUUUUGUAUGUUCUCUAUGGUGAAAUGGCUCUGUAUAUUAAACUGCCAAACCUAGCAAAUCUGUGGCAGCGAGAAACAUUUUCCCUUCUGUUGCAAAAAAGCACACCCCCUCAGAGGGGCCAUUGUGUUGACAUCCGUACUUGUGGCUUUAGUUGCACACGACAUGAAGUAUAGUUCUUUUCGUAUAUGGCUUAGCACGUUUUAACCUCACUAUUUGACUUAUUAAUAUCGGUUGAUGGGCUAAUAAGCAUUUCCUCUUUAAGUUUUGAGGCAAUCUUCUUGGUUAGAGUAAGGAUUCUCGAGUAGCUCACUCGUUUGUCAUGGGCAUACUAUAACAUGGUUCUACUGCGUAGUGUCAUGUAGUGUCACCACUGCAGAGCUUAGUUUUGUUUUUCGAAAGAAUGCAAAAACUUGAUGCCUGCUUAAUGAAUUUUUAUGUUGAGUAAAUGGGCAAAGAUAUACUUGGGACAUGCAGCUGUAAAAAAACUAAGUGCUUGAGGUUGAAGCAAAAGAGAUAGCUGUCCUAGGCGAAACAAAGUCACUCAUGGUGUCGGGAGCACAACUAAAACUUGCUCAGGACAUCACAGCCUUUCCAAGGAUGCAGAGAUGUGACACAAAUGUAACAUCGACCUAAACUUUGUAGCAAUGCAUACACGAGUGUAACAGCCUUUAGCACUGAUAGUCCUUUCAUUGUCUCUAACUGGUGUUUACACGUGGCAUUUCUUUCGCAUUUUCCUAGCACACACCAUAUGUAGACACGAGGAUGUUGCAUCAUCAUGUCCCACAUUCUUUUUUAAGCUUCACUGGCGACGAUGCUGUGCUGAGAAGCAAGUGCAGGCCUCUUGCUUUUCCAUGUAGUCUCCCCUCUCGCCCAGGCACGCUAGCAAAAGUGAGCACUGACCACCAUGGUCUCUGGUAUGCACUCAUGCUGAGCUAGCUGCUAGAACUGUACCUGCUGACCUCAGUGACUUUCUUCUUCUCCUGGGGACUUUCUCUGUACACACGCGGUGGCCCUUCGUGGCACUGGGACCCUGACCGUUCAUCGAACAACCAGCCUCAAAUGUCUCCUGCGCUUUUCUCUCUCUUGUUAUGUCCAGUGACGACUGACCCACAGUGUGUAUAUGUGUGCAUCAGGCUCUUUGAGUGCUUUGGUUCAUAUGUUCUUUUGUGGGACUUGGUCGUUCUUCUCCUACCUGUUCACUUGUGCGUGUUGAAUUUCCUCAGGCACACCGAGUGCCAUGCAUGGAAAUGGUCUGAGUGCCUGUGUGUUUUGUGUGCAUCGCUUGCACUUAGGUGAAUGUUCACGGAGAGAGUGCUGUGUUGUAAAGAGUACUAUGGCUCACAGUAUGAGUGGCGUGUUUAGCGUGUUGAUGCUUCGCUCCCCAUUCCACUUAUUUGGCGAGCAGUGUUGCGUUUGCAUGUGUGAGCUUCAUGGUGACCAUGUUCACGCGCAAGACAAUAGCAGCACCGAUCAAACAUGUUGCAAUACUGCAAGCGCAGGACUGGCCGUGAGAAAAGUGGGUUACGUGAUGGAAACGCUCAGUUCUUUUGAUUCAAAAGGAAAAUGCUGCAAUUACAGUGUUCAGGAGUGCCACCGUCCUUUUGCAGAUCGGGGCAGUCUUAUGAUAAUAUCAAGUUUUGUCACGUAGGGUGGCUACAGUGAGUACAUGAAUCCCUGUGUGCCAGCAUUUCACUGUGACCGAGAAUGAGUGCACACAGAUACGCCACCAUCUAGAAUUGCCAUAGGAAGAACCAACAGGAAAUAAAUUCCGCGCUGCACUUUUGCUCUCGGGAGUGCUAGUGGCUUAUUUCCCACCCUGUCAAUUUUGUAAAACAAGAAAAAAAUGAUGGUUGUGAUGCAGGUUACAUCGCAUGUAGCUUAAUUAGUCGCCCUCCUUUCUGAGUAUGGCAUUUACGUAUGCUCUGUAGAGUUCCCAUCUUCCAUGAGUAGCAGCAGCAUUUUGCUCACAGUUCUUUUAACCUUUAUUGUUAUCUUUUCUUCACUCAGUUGUGACGCGAGGUCUGCGCUGCCUGUGUGGCACAGGUGUGUGGGUGAUUUGUACAUAUGUGUACGCCAGAACAUGUCGGUUUCUCUCAAACUCUCUCUCUCUCUCUCGUUCUUUCUCUAGCUCUGGCACUCUUUCUCUGCAGUUUUCUUUCCCCAGCAAUGUUUGAACUACUAAGAGACUUCCUUUCCCACCCUCUUGUAAAACGUGCAACGUUUGAGGUUUUCUACUCAUACUCUCUUUCGAUGAGAAAAAAGGCAGGUAUAUAUAUAUAUAUAUAUAUAUAAAUAUAUACAUACAGGCAAGUGCUGAUGCUAAUCGAAAUCUGUGUGGAUGAAGAGCGUAUGCUCCUUGCUUGCACACCUGAGCGUGCUUUGUUGGGGAAUGUGCUUUGCUUUUUUUUUUUUCUUGAACAAACCGUUUUCAUAAUGAAGGCUCCUGCAAGGAAACUGCGUAUAUGUAUAUAGUACAUAUACAUGUAUACGCGCAGUGUAAUGUAUAAAUACGAAACAAAACCUUUACGGCAGUUUGUAAAUAAAGACAUUGCCAAACACCA